GUUCAGGAAUCAAUCUUAUCCGCCUGAAGAUGCGCUCGAUAGUUAUCAUUACUCUGGUAUUUGUGCCAGUAUGCGAUGGUUUAUUUGGUUUGGGCUUCAAGCGAACCGUCUCUGCUUCUGGGAAGCUUAUGUGUCACGAAUAUCCAGCUACGAACACCACAAUAUACUUGGAAGACAUUGGAAUCAUUUUCAACAGCAAAAUCGGCGAGACGAAAACUGACUCCAAAGGUUUGUUCAACCUGACCGCUUCGUAUCGGAAGAUACUUUCCCUUCACCCACAGCUAACUUUUCGUCACACCUGUCAUAAUGAGAAAGAUGGUAAAUCGAAAUGCUACAAGAAAAGAUCGAUCAAAAUUCCAUCCAAGUUUGUCGGUAAGGAUAAGAAGUUUGAUGCAGGGACCAUCGACUUGUCGAAGAAAGUCGAAAAUGAAAUAACCGUCUGCCCUU